AAACCAAAGAUUAUACUUUAAGAAUAUGAGAGUACAUUCAACGCAAAGUGAUCAACAUCGACAGAAGGUCGUUAUAGAGACGUCAACUCCUAAAAUAACUAUCGAUAAAAUUAAAAAUGACGAUGCCGAUAGUAAAAAAGCAACAAGCUUGAGUGUUUGGAAGGAUAAAAUAGUUCCGUAUAUUAAAUUGGCGAGGUGGGACAGGCCUAUCGGUAUCCACCUCCUCUACUGGCCAUGUUCCUGGUCCAUAGCCCUAGCGUCCCUAUCCGGGACCGUACCGUUGACCACGAGCCUCCAGACCGCUGGCCUGUUCCUCAUCGGGGCCGGUGUCAUGAGAGGCGCUGGGUGUACCAUCAACGACCUGUGGGAUAAAGAUGUCGAUGCACGGGUGGAGCGAACAAAAGAUAGGCCAUUGGUUUCCGGAGAAAUAACUCAUAGGCAGGCGAUAAAAUUCCUAGCGCUGCAAUUAAGCCUAGGUUUAGCUGUCUUACUUCAGUUGAACUGUUACAGUGUGGUUCUGGGAGCGUCUAGUAUGAUCCUAGUUAUAACCUACCCCCUCGCGAAACGCUUCACAAACUACCCUCAAAUAGUGCUGGGCGCUGCUUUCAACUGGGGAGCGUUGUUGGGGUACUCUGCCAUAGCUGGUCACAUCGUGACGGAAAUAUGCCUACCGCUGUACGUAUCCGGUAUAGCCUGGACGGUGUUGUACGAUACUAUAUACGCGCAUCAGGAUAAAGAAGACGACGCCCGAAUAGGUAUGAAGUCAACGGCCCUGACGUUCGGUCAGUACAACAAACCGGCGCUGACCUCUGCCCUGGCCAUCAGUCUGACAGGCCUUAUUAUGGCAGGCCAAGCUGCCGGCCUGGCGCCGCCGUAUUAUAUUGGACUGGCGAUGUACGCGGGACACGCGGGGAGGCAGAUCUAUACCCUAAACAUGGACAAUCCAGAGGACUGCGCGAAGAAAUUCAAAUCGAACUCGACGGUAGGUCUCAUAAUAUUACUAGGCAUUCUAGGAGGUGGCUACCAGCAGUAUGUGGAAAAUAGGCAGAAACAUCGCGGUAAAGAAGACCUCAGUAUCACUAGAAGUUGCUUUUUUAGCUAAUAUAUAUAAAUUUAUAAGUCAAUAAUGGUACCUUGGAGGAAAUGUAUAUCUAGGGGUCGUUCAAGUAUUACGUAAGCCGAGUUUUAGUAA